AUACCCGGUUUCUCUGCAGUGUAGUAGUUAGUGAGGAGGAGCAGCUCCAGAACUAGUCUGGGGCUGAGAUACUGCUGCUCCUGCUGCUGCUGCUGCUGCUGUUCGGGUGUCUGGGCUGAAGGAGAGAAUCUCAGUGAGGCUUCACAGGAUGGCAGAGUUCAAAAGGAGAUGAAAAGAGGAGAGCAGAGGAGGUCUGUGUGCGGGACUUGUGAGCUGCUGAAGUGUUUUUGUCCUGAGCUCUCUCUGCACACUCGGACUGGAGCUGACAAUGAAGAUGAACAUGAAAUGCAGAUGGAUUGGUCAAGACAAAGAUAUAGAGCUUCCUGUUUGCAUCUGAUGGAUUACAGUGUUUUGUACGAGCUGCUGACAUGAAUUCAGAGGCUGGUGAGAUGUGGAAGUGCUCGUCUUCAGGAGAAAUCUGAGACCUGGAUGAGCCUUCAAGCACGCACCCUCUACCCCUACCCCAUGUCACAUCUUUCCCUGAAUUAUGGAAAUUUUGUGGAAGACGCUGACUUGGACACUGAGCCUGGUGGUGAUGACUGCUUCUGAAUUUCAUAAUAUCAACAAACUCUCACACAACUCCCAAGAGGAGUUCCUAUCCUACCUGCAGCACUACCAGUUGACUGUCCCAGUGCGGGUUGAUGAGAAUGGAGAGUUCCUGAGCUACACUGUGAAGCACCACCGGCCAGGCCGACGGAGACGGGGUGUGGCGGACCUCACGAUGAGACCCCAGCCUGCGUUAGACCCACUGGAGCCCCGGCUGUUCUACAGACUGUCAGCCUAUGGAAAGCACUUUCACUUAAACCUGACUCUCAACCCCCACCUGGUGUCGAAACAUUUUACAGUGGAGUACUGGGGUAAAGAAGGGCUGGAGUGGCGGCAUAAUAUGGUAGAUAACUGUCACUAUGUUGGAUUCUUGCAAAACCAGCACAGCACGACAAGAGUGGCGCUCAGCAACUGCAAAGGCCUGCACGGUGUUAUUACAACAGAGGAAGAACAGUAUUUAAUAGAGCCUUUAAAGAACAUAUCCUCAACCACCUCUGGUGAAUGGAACCUGGAAGAAGCACAGCAGCAUGUUAUUUAUAAAAUGUCUGCCAUUCCCUCACCACAAGAGCAUAGCCAGGAGUUCAGCUGUGGCAUUUCAGACCUCAUUAAAACCAGUGCACCUUGCCAGUUUAGCACACCUUCCCCUGCCCCGCAGAACAACAGCAAACUGUCAAACAGCACCCACAGACAGAGGCGAUCCGUCAGCACUGAGCGCUUCGUGGAGACGCUUGUGGUCGCUGAUAAAAUGAUGGUCGGUUACCACGGCCGCAAAGACAUCGAGCACUACAUCUUGUCUGUAAUGAAUAUUGUUGCCAAACUUUACCGUGAUGCCAGUCUAGGAAAUGUUGUGAACAUUAUCGUGACCCGCCUGAUUGUUCUGACCGAAGAUCAGCCAAAUCUGGAAAUUAAUCACCAUGCUGACAAGUCUCUGGACAGUUUCUGUAAGUGGCAGAAGUCCAUCCUGUCUCAUCACAGCGAUGGGAACAGUAUUCCAGAAAAUGGGAUGGCCCAUCACGACAAUGCUGUCCUAAUUACCCGGUAUGACAUCUGCACCUACAAGAACAAACCCUGUGGUACCUUAGGCCUGGCCUCAGUGGCUGGAAUGUGUGAGCCGGAGAGGAGCUGCAGCAUCAAUGAAGACAUCGGCCUCGGUUCUGCUUUCACCAUUGCGCACGAGAUUGGCCACAAUUUUGGGAUGAACCACGACGGGAUUGGGAAUUCCUGUGGUACCAAAGGUCACGAGACAGCCAAGCUGAUGGCUGCUCAUAUAACCGCCAACACCAACCCUUUCUCCUGGUCUGCCUGCAGCAAAGACUACAUCACCAGCUUUCUCGACUCAGGUCGCGGGACGUGUCUGGACAAUGAACCUCUGAAACGAGACUUCCUGUACCCAACAGUGGCCCCGGGGCAGGUGUAUGAUGCAGAUGAGCAGUGUCGCUUCCAGUAUGGAACCUCCUCACGCCAGUGCAAGUAUGGGGAAGUGUGUAGAGAGCUCUGGUGUCUUAGCAAAAGCAACCGUUGUGUAACUAACAGUAUCCCUGCUGCAGAGGGGACCCUGUGCCAGACUGGCAGCAUUGAGAAAGGGUGGUGCUACCAGGGGGAGUGUGUUACGUUUGGUCACUGGGAUCAGAGUGUGGAUGGAGGCUGGGGGCCAUGGUCGAUGUGGGGGGAGUGCAGCAGGACCUGUGGGGGCGGUGUAUCCUCCUCCAUGAGGCACUGUGACAGCCCAGCCCCGUCUGGAGGAGGCAAGUACUGUCUCGGAGAGAGAAAACGAUACAGAUCCUGUAACACUAAUGCGUGUCCUGUAGGAUCUCGUGAUUUCCGAGAGAAGCAGUGCGCUGAUUUUGACAGCAUGCCUUUCCGUGGGAAGUACUACAACUGGAAGCCUUACACUGGUGGUGGUGUGAAGCCCUGUGCGCUGAACUGCUUGGCAGAGGGCUAUAACUUCUACACAGAGCGGUCUCCUGCAGUCAUAGAUGGCACCCGAUGUCAGGCUGACUCGCUGGACAUUUGCAUCAAUGGAGAGUGUAAGCAUGUGGGCUGCGACAACAUCCUGGGUUCUGAUGCUAAAGAAGACAGAUGCCGGGUGUGUGGAGGGGAUGGCAGCACGUGCGAGGCCACGGAGGGACUCUUCAACAAGUCUCUCCCCAGAGGAGGCUACAUGGAGGUGGUUCAGAUCCCGAAAGGUUCUGUUCACAUUGAGAUCAAAGAAGUGACCGUGUCAAAGAAUUAUAUUGCUUUGAAAUCUGAAGGGGAUGAUUAUUACAUCAACGGAGCGUGGACCAUCGACUGGCCGAGGAAGUUUGACAUCGCAGGGACGGCCUUCCACUACAAGAGACCCUCCGAUGAACCAGAGUGUUUAGAGGCAUUGGGUGCUACCACUGAAAAUCUAGUUGUCAUGGUCCUCCUUCAAGAGCAGAACCUUGGAAUACACUACAAGUUCAAUGUCCCCAUCCUGCGUACAGGGAGUGGUGACAAUGAGGUGGGCUUCUCCUGGCAUCACCUGCCCUGGUCUGAAUGCUCAGCUACCUGUGCUGGAGGUUCACAGAAGCAGGAGGUGGUCUGCAAAAGGCUGGAUGACAACUCGGUGGUACAGAACAACUACUGCGACCCAGACAGCAAACCCCCAGAGAACCAGAGAGACUGCAAUACUGAGCCGUGUCCUCCAGAAUGGUUCAUUGGCGACUGGUCAGAGUGUGCGAAGACGUGCGAUGGUGGGAUGAGGACGAGGACAGUCCUGUGCAUCAGGAAGAUUGGUCCUGCCGAGGAGGAGACCCUGGAGGACACUCACUGUCUGACUCAUCGGCCUAUCGAAAGAGAGUCCUGCAACAACCAGUCCUGCCCUCCAAAGUGGGUCACUCUGGAUUGGUCUGAGUGCACACCUAAAUGUGGUCCUGGCUUUAAGCACCGCAUUGCAUUGUGUAAAAGUAGCGACCUGACCAAGACCUUCCCGCCUGCCCAUUGCCCGAGCCAUAACAAACCUCCAGUCCGAAUCCGUUGCAGUUUAGGGCGCUGUCCUCCUCCCCGCUGGAUCCCUGGUGAAUGGGGACAGUGUUCAGCACAGUGUGGCCUGGGCCAGCAGAUGAGGACGGUACAGUGUCUGUCCUACACAGGACAGCCAUCAAAUGACUGUGCAGAGUCCCUCCGACCAGCAACCAUGCAGCAGUGCGAGAGCAAGUGCGACGCCACCCCGAUCUCCAGUGGUGAUGAAUGCAAAGAUGUAAACAAAGUGGCUUACUGCCCGCUGGUACUAAAGUUCAAGUUCUGCAGCCGGGCGUAUUUCAGACAGAUGUGCUGCAAGACUUGCCAGGGACACUGACCCCUGGAACACAAGACCAAGACUUAGCGAGAAAAGAAGAUAGUCACAAAGGCAAGGACGAUGGAGGGAUACAGUGCUUAGAGGGUGAGAAGAAAACAGGAGACUGGAAAAUGCACCCCAACUCUGGACCGGUGGAAGAAAGAAAAAGAGAUCAGCGUUGUUGAAGGAAGGGAGAGAAGAGAGGACUUCCCUGUUCAUCACAUCUGAUACUCCUGCCCUCUGUCGUGGUGGAAUGUAAACCACUGCUCAGCCCAUAAUGCUGACACAAACAUUUUUAUUAUUAUUAUUAUUUUUUUUUUACAAUUUCACUUCUGUGAAGUGAAACUUGGAAGAUUAACUCUUGGUGAUGUUAUUUUUUAUUAUAAUAAUAAUUAUUAAUAUCAUUGUUAGUCUUCCUCUGUGUUUGUUGUUUUUAAUGAAUCCAAAGUGCUGGACACAUCGCUCACAGAGGAUGUACCCCGGAGAUUUGAAGAGGGGGAUGGGAGUCAAACAUAUUCAGACUCCUGUCUUUGGGACGACUGUGAUGGUGCUAUUGGCAGGCAGACUUCUGGCUUCGGUGCACUUUUUCAUGUAAAUACCAAUUUACUGGUUAAAUACAACAGAGAAACCCUGUUGGUGUACUGUAUAUUUAUUGUACAAUCCCAAACAGAGCUGAUAUAUUGUCCUCGGAUCAUGUUUGUGCCAGAUAGUAGCCUACUGUCAUGGAAAGGAGUGUAAUGUGAUUGAAAUCUUAUUCAGUUUCUCUGUGCUUGAGUGAAAAUAUAACAUACUGUAACAUAUGUUAAACCCUUGUAUACUGUAAGGAUUUGUAUAUUAUAUAUAUGUUAAUCCAGGGCCAGAAAAUUCACCGUGGUUAUUGGAGAGUUUUAAAUCUUUAUUUUCUUCCCUAGCUGGGUGCCUUAGUUCCUAAUAGUCAAGUAAAAGUUCACCCAAAAUCAUAUUUUCAGACAGUGCCUACACCACAUGAAAACUUACUGAGCAGGCCUUUGCUAACGUCCCACUGAGGAGCUUUCAGGUCAGAAUUGAAGGAUUGAUAUUGAAGGAGGAUUUUUUUUUUUGUGAAGCAGCCUGUUGAUUUGAGUUAUACUGCAGUCACCAUUACACACUCGCUUCAAGGAGCUUUUUAAGUGUAAGUAAUAGUUCAACAGUUUGAGAACUUGCCUUCUUAUCAGUUAUUACAUAUUAGCUACGGUGGUAUGAAUCAGCCUACCAGCACUCCUAAAGCUCACUAAUUAACAAAUAAUAAUUCAUGUCUACAAAAACAUAGAGUAUUAAAAGUCACCAUUCAAAUAUAAUUUAGGACAUAAAUAAGUGUUUAUAAUAUUGCAUCACUUGUGCUGCUUCAGACAGUGAAGGUGAUGCUUCAAGGAGGACUAAUAAGAUGGUCAAAUGUAGCCCACCCAUUCGUUCGCAUGAAAAAGACGCUCGCUGGCACAUAGCUCCGAAAAGCCUGGUUGGGCUCACUGAGCAUGUGCACUGGUGUCCUUCUCUAGCUGAGUCAACUUAAAAAAAAAACACACUUUCUGCUAAUGAAAAAAAAUAAAAAUAUUUUGGUUGUGACAUGUGACACUUUUUCUUAUGUGGUUUAAAUGAACCCAAACUAGUUAAUUAAUGAGAUUCAGAGUGUUAAAGAAGGCGUUUCGCCUGCUUUCUAGCCUUCAGUUUAGACGAAGCUAACAUCUCUGUUAGAAGCAUGAGAAUGGGAUUACUCACAAGGUAGUGAGUAGGCCUCUUUCACGAAAUAAUGAGGUAUUCCUGUUAAAUAAACACACAAACACCACUUUUGUUGGCAGACUAUGGAACUGGGCUUCACUCUGCUGCUCACAGACCCCACAUCCAACCCCCUAUCCCCAUCCCCAUCCCCAUCCCCAUCACCUUCACCUUCACCAUCAUUAUCUUAGUCCCUUAAUGAAUAGAACAAAAACAGCAUACUCAUUGGUGCUUACCCUCCUCUUGUAUUGUAUUUUUAUUUUUAAUUUCCAUGAAAUACUAUGUUUACCUCUUCCUUUCCUCCUGCUAUGCUUCGAGGGUUACGGCCUUCCCGGGCUUCUGGUGCUAUCAAGCGGGUGCUUCCAUUCAAACCCUUUCCAGUGUGCUAAAAAGAAAAACGUGAGGCUGGAUCCAAACAAUAUGAUAAAAAUAUACUUGUCAAAAUCUCUGUUGGUCAAUGCUGGUCAUGUUAUUGUUAAGUUUGUAUCUGUUUAUACCUCACACUGGGAAUGUUCAUUUUUAACUGUGUAUUGUCGCUCGUACAGCCAACAAAACGGACACGCCCCGAGCAAAAGCGAUCACUUCACCCAGGUGAUGUUUGGCUUGUGAAAAGGGAACAGCAUUCAAAGUGAGUGUGUGAGGAUCUCAUCAAAGCUGUUAACACCAACAAUCUAAUUUUGCUGCUGCUACGUUUUUCGUAGCCACCUUCAGAAUGACAGUGCUGAGCAGAUUUUAUUGGGAAGGAGAGUGGAUGCUGCGUUCAGAAUCAGCUGAAUUCAAACUGCUUGGACUGACUCAUCCACUGGCUGUGGGAUUAAGAGGCUUCAGAGAAAAGAGAACUCAAACUGGUACUCGUUGCUGUGAACUUGGAUGUUUGAAUGUCACAUUGCUUCUAAACGUACCUAAAGUGCAAGCGAAAUGAAAAGCGUCAUGUGAUUAGCUGCAUAUAUUUUGUAUUCAGUAUUAUUGUUGGUACACUGUUACUAAUUUUUUUUUUCAAAUGUAAAUUAUAUGCUAAUUUAUUGCGUUGUCUCACUUGUACAUUUAUUUCACUGCAUGCAAACUGAAACUUAGCAUAGUGAAAAAAAAUGCAGUGAUACGGCCCUUCACCAACAUUUUUUUUUAAGUAGACAAAUGAAUAAAAAG